CCUCCACUAUGGCGCGAUACCGACGCCAUCUGGCUAACGGAGCAGCAAAUACAUAUAUGACGUGGUUCAUCGUGUUAGUGAUUAACGCUGAAACCAAGUUAAUUGCUCCGCGCCUAACUUCUGCCAUGCUAUUGCCCAAAUCUCUCCUCUUGGCCGUGGCAUUUAUCACCGCCACCGUGGCACGAUCGACUACCAGCAACGGGAGCUAUGUGGGCCCCGAAAAUGGCCAUCUGGUCAUAGUCGGCGGAAACCUGCAGUCCGACAGUAUCUGGCAGAAGAUCAUAGAGCUCGCAGGAGGACCCGACGCGCCGCUCGUGGUGAUUCCCACGGCAGGUGGGGAGCCAACCUACAACGAGUCACUACCGAGCGCCGCCUCCCUGCGCAGUAACGGCGCUCGCAACGUCACGGUGUUGCACACCUAUGAUCCGGCAGUUGCGGACACGGAGGAGUUCGUCGCCCCGCUCAGGGGGGCGGGGGGCGUCUUCUUCGACGGUGGCCGGCAGUGGCGCCUCGUGGACGCGUACGCCGGAACCGCGACGGAGGGCGCGAUCCAGGCCGUCCUGGACCGCGGGGGUGUCGUAUCGGGCUCGUCCGCCGGUGCCAGCAUCCAGGGCUCCUUUCUGGCGCGCGGUGAUACCGCCAACAACCAGGUCAUGGUCGGCGACCACACCGUCGGGUUCGGGUACCUGAAGAAUGCGGCCAUCGACCAGCACGUCCUGGUCCGGAACCGGCACUUCGACAUGUUCGAUAUUCUAAGGGCCUACCCCGGGUUGCUGGGCAUAGGAAUCGAUGAGAACACUGCCCUCGUCGUUCAUCAGAACGAGGCAGCGGUGUUGGAGGGCACGUACGUUCUGGUGUAUGAUAGUGGGUUCUGGUCGAGGGAGGAGCUGAGCGAACUGAAAAACCUUCCGCCGCCGGAGGAUCGGUUCUACUUCCUUCGACCGGGCGACAAGUAUGACUUGGGAUUAAGAAAGGUUAUUGUUGAGAGCGAAACAGAACUGUGAGAAAGAGAGGAAGAAAAGGGUACGCCAUGCCUAGUUCUCCACUUCUCGAGCUCAGUUGGCGAAAACACAAUAAGCUGUUCCUCCGCAGCAUCAACUGCUCCAUUGCUCUUUUGCAGGGGAGCUACUAAAUUGUGUAGUGCAACACAGAAAUGUUUCUCAAAUGUCUGAGAGUAUCUGCAUUGCGGCAGGGAGCAUUUUGGGGUUUGUUGUGAGAUGAAUGUGACGUUGGUAGAUGGUUUAUGAAAUGACAUGCUGGCUUUACGCGUCAACCGGGAGAAUCUUGAGCAUCAGGUCGUAUAAUUCGGUGCACCACACUAUCCUAUCCACUGGUGCACUCGCAGAAAAACAUGUCGCAAAAUCUACCAAGGCUUGAGUGCAUUAGGCGACCAAGGAUUAUUGAUAGCGAACAAACACAAUGGGUAGUGUAGUGUACACUAUUAGUGGAAACGAAAGCAGCUGAUU